GAAUUAUUUCUCUUAAUUUUAGUACCUAGACCGUUUUGUAUAUUAAAAUAAGUUGUUAAUUAGAUAAACAAAGGUUGUUUUAAAUUAGGCAUUUGAUGAGUGAUAAAGUGUAGACGGUGUAAUCGAAUAGAAACAACACGUUCCGAUGCCCGGAAGAGUUCAAUAAACUUCGGAUGUCAGUCCGCCAAGCAGAAGGCUGGGUCUAACUAACCGGAAUAUAAAUGUCAUUCGAUAUUUUAUGUACGACUUUUAGAAGUGAUUUUUACUCAAAGCAUACAUGAACUUGUAUUUUUGCUAUGGAAAAUCAAAACCCACAAGAGCGGACUGCUCCAAUACAGUAUGUUCGGGGUUCGAGAGCCUUUAGACAGUUUAAAAAUCCACCUCAGCCCCAUAUGUGUAUUCAAGAUACUAUACGGGAUACUUCUGAGAAAUUGUUCAUUAAUGUGUUAGGAUGGCAGAAAAUCGCGAAUCCGAAGCAGUAUUCAGAUCCUAUACCCCUUUACGGCGGAAUGCAGGUGCCGCAGGGCUGCGGGCCCAACAGCACUCGGCCACCAUUGCUGGUGUUUGCUGUGAUGGUGAAUCCAGACAUCCUGAAGGCCAAUGGGAAGAAUGCUGCCAAGCCCAGUGACAGAGAAGCCCUAGUGAGUCUGCUCUGCGACUUUGUUGAGGCUAUGAAUCCAGGCCUGGUGCUAGCGAGGCACCCGACCAUUCUGAAGGACCGAGACUUAGCGGGCGAGCUCAAAGACGUGUGGCUCGCUGUCCAGAACAAGAGAGAACGGGAAAAAGGCAGCCAGGAUGUCAUGUAUAAGGUUUACGACAUUGAUGGUAUAGGUAGCGACGAACCUGAAGAUUCACGCGACCAAGGCAAGAAAGCUGUCAAAUCAUCCAAACAGAUAUUGCUCAACGCCGGACAGAAGUCGGAGUUUGACUCCGGCAUGAACAACUGUCAGAUCAAUCAGAGCCAUGUCAAUAAUACUGACAAUACUACGUAUUGCACCCCAGUAUACGGACAAAUAGUUUCAAGCAGAGAAAACCACAAUCAAAUCAACGACAUACAGCAAAAACUCUCAUCCAACGACACCAAACCAUCUACAUCAUUCAGGAAAGACUGGAACACGGUCCACGGGAAGACUCCGGAGGGCUGGGACGAGUUCUCCAAACGGAACAUAUCCACCAUCAAGAGUGGAGAAGAAAAGAAAUCCGAGAAGAAAGUCAACGGGAAGCCACACUAUGACUUCUUUCCUGUGUUCGACAAUAAGGAAGAUUCUCCGGAGAAUUCAGAGGUCAGUGAGGAUAUUAUAGACUCAAUGCAGAAAUUAGUUCUGCGUUCGACUGAUAAAACAAUUUGUGAUAAUAAUACAAGUGCUCUCAGCUCUUUAAGCUCGUAGUUCGCUUUUAGGCAUUGUUGGGAACUAGUCAGGUUCAAUGUAACUAACUGGCCAUUUGUAAGUUACAUCCCAGAAUACUAAAAUUACACGUCGAUUGGUGAAUUUAUAGGUAUCGGCAACGGCAAGGCGAAGUCACGCACAUAACAUGUCAUGUAAUAACAGCGAGAUUUAGAAAAUAGUGUUCUUUUUUACCAAAAAGUUUCUUCAAAAGCUUAAAUAUUCCACUUUGAAGUCUCAUUUUCUCUAUCAUUUUUUAAAUAUACUUUUAAUAAUAUUGCUAUGUAGUUGUGUGUAGCAUGAGGGUAAAACCAGACGAGCGUAAUUUUGUGAUUUGUGACAGAACAUGGGCUAUGCGACGAAAAAAAAGACACUUUUUAAGAUUUUUGACAACAUACCAAACACAACCUACGUAAUUUGGUCGGGUUCGUUGUUAUACACCAUAAAACCAUAGCCUACUAUGGUGGGGGUAUAAAAAAAUUAAGAGUGACAAGGACAAACAAUAACGCUUUCUCUGUUACUCCUACUAAAAGAUACAUAACACUAUCCCGAGCGCUCAUUUCCAGCCACCGCUCAUAUAUAUCAAAUAUCAAACAUUUAUUCAGCAAAUAGGCCACAGGGGCACUUUUACAUGUCCAUUUCUACAAACAAUAAAAUUACAAAAAACAAUUACAAAUAUGGAAUCGAUGAAAUAAUAAAUACUUUAUUAGAGAUGUAUACUGUCUCUAAAUGUCAAAUUACACAAAAAAACUAUGAUAAAAAAAUAAAACCAACAAAUACUAAAAUUCUUUAGAGAUGUAUAAGUCUCUAAGUGUCAGAGAUAAAAUAUAAAAAAAGAUAUUAAAUUAUCCUUAGAGAUGUAGAGGGUCUCCAAGGCUUGAAUUCUUAUAUAAAUAAUUAAAA